AAAGGUGUAACGGUUAGAGAAGAGGUGCGAUGCAGGUGAUCAUGAUCUAUGCAAGAAGUGCGUAAAGGUGGAGAAAGCAGAGUGAAGAGAGGCAGUUAGAAAGUGAUUGAUUGAUUCAGUUUCAUGUUUGUCUCGGCACCAAAAUCGAUCAAGGAGAGUUCAUGCCCUUCAACUACAAGCUUCUACAAAUCUGGGCUAUCUGAAACAGAGAGUACCUCGUACCAUCGGGACAGUCAUGGUUAUGAGGUGAACCAUCAUGAACCAUUGACGGGUGAGUAUAGAAGGCCUUCGGAAAACUCACCAACAAUCAAUGAAGAAAUGGCCACAGUACGUAUAGAAAGAGAAGAAGAAGUAAACAAUGCCACACGAGACAGUUCUAUUGAAUGUCCACGAAGACAUCAUCAUAAUUCCAAUAAUUAUCAGGUCCUUUGGGAAGACAAUAUUGAUCCUGACAACAUGACCUAUGAGGAACUACUUGAAUUAGGUGAGUCAGUUGGAACUCAGAGCCGCGGUCUCUCCCAAGAACAGAUCUCAUUGCUUCCAGUUAAGAAGUACAAGUGUGGCUGGUUCUUCUUCAGGAAGAAGUCACGGGACGAGAGAUGCGUAAUUUGCCAGAUGGAAUAUAAAAGAGGGGAGAAGAGGAUUACUUUACCAUGUAAACAUGUCUAUCAUGCUAGCUGUGGGAACAAAUGGCUUAGCAUCAACAAGGCUUGCCCGAUGUGUUACACGGAGGUGUUAGCCGACGAGUCAAAACACAAAUCAUCAUCUUCGAGUGAAGAGAAGUAACCUGCAUUGCAUAUGAUUCAGUUUUUCCUUGAGUUUAGCUAUCUCUUUAUAAUUCAUUUUGUUUCGAUUUUUCUAGUUAGACGACGGUGAAGUUGGUUUUGACUAUGAAAUGGAAGCCGUCGCCAGGGUUGUACGCAAAUUUUAAAAGAACAAUCCAAAACGCAUAAUGCUUUAUUUGCUACAUCC